AUGACUCAUCACAACAACCGAACCGUCAAGAUGCUCCACGAGUUAUCAACGUUGGAGGGCGCUACCUCAGUGCUCAGCAGAUACACAGACCCGCAGGACGGUUUCACACUUGCCGUACCACCCGGCUGGGUGUUCGGGGAGGGUGAGCUGCCGGGGAAUAGCAGCUUCAGCGGAGCUUCAGGUGCCCGCCGUACACUGGUAUGGAUCCCCGAGGGCGCCAACCCCCGGGACGUCAACGUGACGUUGGUCAUAACCAACGUGUCAGUGGUUGCCAAGCUGGUUGAUGCCACUGAGCUAUCCGGCCGCUACUUUGUAGAGUACACUGUGCAGAAGCUUCCAGAACCGCAACGGCACCUCUAUUCCCUGCUCGCCCUGGGGUACAACGGAAUGUACAACCGCCUCUACACUAUCACAGCCCAGACGCUCGAAGGCGAUCGACCCCAAUACGAGGCUGCUUUGCUGUCCAUGGUCAAAUCUCUGUCAGUGCCGCCUCAACGCAUCUGUGUGUUGUGUCACUAUAAGACACAGAGGCUCCAUCACAGUCCAUCGGCAUGGGGGCUCAUCGCAGGCUCAGCGCCAGCGCUGCAGCACCCAGCAUGCACAGCGCAUGCACAGUAG